CAAAGUUUCAAGUGCCAACGUAGCGCCGACAAAGUCACCAGUGACAACUUGAAUUAAAAAUCCGUGAUUAUUCCAACAGAUUUCACAAAAUUAUGCAAUGGAAGAGUUAUCAGAAAUCGUAAAAAACUUAGAAUUGGAGAACGAAGAAGACUGCACGGACUACGAAUACAUCAACGUGUUCAAGAACCCCAAUAAAUUGCCAAUAAACCAAAUUCAUUUAGAGAAAACGGACAUAGAGCUGCGUAGAGACGCCCCUUGGGACUCAUCCUCGUCAGCGGAAACAUGUUUCGAGCGCAAAAAGCACACAAUUCCGGCUUUGAGCCGGAGUUGGCUGCCGGAGUCCGUGCGUUUCCACAAGUACGAGCCCUACAACUUCACCAUGACCAAAGAAAAUACGUCAUUCGUCAAAAACAACAAGUUAUUUUUACAAAGUUUACACUACCUGUUAAGUUGCAACUACCACCAGUUCUGGUGUUUUGUUUUGUUUGAACCGAAAGUAAGCCUGAGUUUGCAUAGUUUUCUCCUAAGUCCUGUUGCGCCUCACUUGAUUAAGAAUCUGGAUGAGGAGCAGGCGUCGGUGUAUUUAGCAGUAUUUUCGCAGUUUCGCAGGGUCUAUCAAAGACUUGUGACGUUCCAGGAGACUGAGAGUGAAUUUAUGGCGGAUAGCGUAGGUCUCAAAUUUUUACUAGAUAAGAAACUACUUAAUCUCCCUAUAGUUAUAACUUUGAUUAUUUUGUACCACGAGACGAAUUUAGAGUUCGUGAAUGACUUAGUUGGUUUGUAUUUUAACGAAAAGUCGGUGUUUCGUGAUAAAGAGAUUGAGGAAAUGUUGGACCAAGUCGUUUUGACUUUAGAGAUGGUUGGAGGCCACGUUUGUGGUUUUGAACCUGAUGCUGUGAUAGUACCUAUAGCUGUGGAAGAAAAACCUCCAGUAUUUAAUCCUGGGUGGGUUUACUCAGUUGUUGAUUAUUUAUUAAACACAAUGUCUGCAUUACACAUGUUGUUGAAAUUUUACAAGUCUGCAAUGAGCGUAGCGUUGGCGAAAGGAAUCCCCUAUAGGUUAUCAUUCACAUACGAGAAAGUUUUCUACCAGUUGUACGACUACGUCAACGAAAGACCAGAGCUCGAGCGAAACCCGAAACUAGCCGAAAUUAUUUUCGAAGAAAUAGCUUUAUCGAGGUCGGAAUUUAUCGACAUUUACAACACUUUCGUGUCGUAUUGUCUGGACAAAACGCUGGAAUUUAGCGGCGACCCUCUACACCAAGAGGAAUUCGUCGAAAUUUACUUAAAACUGAUGACUUCCGCUCUCGAGGAUGAGUAUUUUAUCUGUGAUUACCACGAACGCUACGAUGUGGGGUCUCACAACGAGAUGUUCAGUAGCUGUACUGAGUUAGACCAAACCCGGACUGACUACAUCUUAAGUUGCAUUACUUGUCUGCGCAGACACAACAGACUAUGGAAAACGCUAAAAUCGGAACUGGGUACACUCAACAAAGCUAUCGAGAAGUACGCACGCUCGAAGAAAGUUAGGACCGACGUCCAGGAAAAUGGGUACGAGGAACAACCAGUAUCCAACGGCGUGGAAACUCUUUUCGUGCCCCCAAGCGACGACGAUAUAGAAAAUUCGAUCAAAAUCGUAGUGGACAUGUUUCCGCAUUUAGGGGACGGUUUCGUGCUGCAGUGUCUCGAAGCGUACAACUACGAACCCAGUGACGUCAUCACCGCCAUCCUCGAGGAGAACCUCCCCCCUCACUUAGUCGACAUUCCAUUCGAUCAAAUCCGCAUCCCCCCCGAGCCACAACCCGAGCAACCAAUCCUGGCCUACCGUGGCAAGAAGCAACAAGAAUUCGACGACGCGCUGAAGCUCCUAAACGACAAGAAAGACAUGAAGGAAAUAAAGACAUUCAUUUUGGACGGAAUACAAUACACGAACGCCUACGACGACUACGAUGACGAGUUCGACGACCGCCUCGAUGACGGCACCGUGCCGGUGCCCGACCACGGCACCGAGGACAUCCUCAAGUACAACCCGAACUACGACGACGUGGUGAGCGACACCAGCUACUCCGAGAACGAGUACGACGAGCAGGGGCAGGUGUUGACGGCGCCCGAGGUCAAGCCCCGAGGCAAAGGCAACUUCUGCGAGGACCCGGCGGUGGUGCGCGAGCGGAUGGAGGCGCGACGGAGAGUCCAAGGUCGCGGACACCACUCGGGCGCCAAACCCAAAGCGCCCGCUCAAGGACAAAAGGACGUGGUGGGUAAGCCGAAGGGUCAAGGACAAGAGAAGAACGUGCUUCAGAAUAGACACAAGAAGGGCGUGCACAAGAGCAGUCGCGCCAACCACAAUCGCAAGAGCGGGGCGCAGUGGAAGCGCAACAAAGGCAUGCUGCCCUCCUAACCAGGUUUGAUUUUAUCAACUGAAUAAAAAUUUGAGUUG